GCUCGAUCUCUCCCUCCCUCUAGAUUGAUUGUCAUAAUGGCCUCUUAUCUUCUUUUGUUAGGCCUCUUAGCAAUAACUAGUUCCGUUGUCGUCGCAUCAGACCAGAGUCCUCUUCAAGAUUUCUGUGUCGCAGACACCGUUAGCCCAGUGAUAGUGAAUGGUAGGCCAUGCAAAGAUCCAAAACUGGUUCAAGCCAGUGAUUUCUCCCUCAGUGGACUCCAUCUGCCCCGCGACACAUCAAAUAUAUUCGGUUCAAACGUGACACUGAUCACUGCUGCAGAAAUACCUGGACUCAACACUCUCAGCAUCUCAAUGGCCCGUGUUGACUACGCACCAGGGGGCCUCAACCGUCCUCAUUACCACCCUCGCGCCACCGAGCUCUUCACGGUCCUGGAAGGUACCAUUGAGGCUGGUUUUGUGACAUCCAACCCCGACAAUCGUUUCGUCACAAAGGUGCUGCAAAAGGGUGAUGUGUUUGUGUUCCCGGUCGGUCUCAUUCACUUCCAGCGAAAUAUAGGACAUGGGAAUGCUGUUGCUAUGUCUGGUCUCAGCAGCCAAAACCCUGGGAUUGUCACCAUUGCUAAUGCAGUGUUUGGGUCUAAACCAGAUCUUCCAACUGAUGUUCUUGUCAAGGCAUUCCAAGUGGAUCGGAAUGUUAUCAAGGAUUUGCAGAUGAAAUUCUAGACAAUAAAUAGUAGAACUAGUUAUGGAAUAAAGAUAACCGCUCCACCCAACUAUGUGUGUGUUGAGUACUAUGCUAGUUUGUGAAGUUUCUCCCCAGUUCAUUAAUUUUUUUAUUAUUAAAUUUUUUUUUUUUU